ACCCAACAAUCUCGACAAGCUAUAGAUCACAGGAUCGUGUCCAUCUGGUAUUUGGUCGGACGUGAGGACACCGGUCUUGGUUCACGAAAAUGUCGCUCAUCCGGCAAGCCACCCCCUCGUAUGCCUUCGAAGAGCUGAACCAUUCGCUCACGGCCCUAUCGACCAUACCCAUCUCGAUUCCCAUCUCGGUACUAGGGAACUCGGAGACGGGCGAGGUAUCUUCGGCUUCGGGUACUAUCGAGAGGGCUCUUAGGGAUCUGAGCACGUCUAAACCUAUCACGAGGAAACAGCUCGAGGGGGUCUUGCAAACGCUUGUCGACCUGUAUGACAACGCUCAAGCUCCAACCCAGGAGCAGGGGUAUGGCCAAUCCAAUGCAGUCACUACGACUCCAAUCGACAAGGUCAGGGAAGCCCAGAUCAUGGCUAGGGCGGUGACAGUCGUGUGGAGGGAGAUUCUGGACGAUUUCAUGCAGGGCGCGCUCGCGCUCGAGCAUGACCUCAACUAUUGGCAGACCAUGAUCGAUAGUCGGCGGGACAUUGGACUGUACUUUGUGCAAUCGCUGCCAUUACGGGUCUAUCGUCUCUUGCCGAACCCGCUCAAACAGUCUGCCUUCCGGAUACCUUCCAUGGCCGAUGUGCAAGUCACCCGACUAUUCCGUCAAGCUUCGCCCAAGACUGCCCUGAGCUCUCUUCGCGAUCUCCCUCUUCCGGCGCACAACCCGUUCACCUUGACCCGCCGGGAAGUCUUGGCCUCGAUCAAGAUUCUGCGCAAGGCUCGUAACGAAGCGGCGGAAAAGAUUGGCUUCCUCGCCAGUCGGGCGCCUCGAUGGGAAGACGAAGCGGGAAGGACGACGGGGAGCGAAGACAACUUGCAGGUCAUCGUCGCCGAGACGUCGAGGUUGCAUCAGGUCGUCUGUUCUGCGCUCGACGUGCCCAUCGGUCCGGCUCAACCGGCUCGACAGGGGUCUCCCUCCCCGCUGGCUACCCCGUCGAAACGGAACAAGAACGGUUCAUCCGGAGCCUCUCGCAGGGAGACGGCCUCCCCGCCUCCUCCUCCCUCUUUAACAGCUGCGACGCUGCUACCGAUCCUACGAUCGACCUUGCCGGCGAGCGUCACCUCGCUCACCUCGUCCCUGCAGGAUCAUGGCCGACCGUCUCGCUUGACGCGCUUAUGGAUCCCUCUACUCCUCUUGCCUCCCUUGAUCAAGUAUGGUUCCCGGACGGCGAGGCAAAACCAGGAUUGGAUACGCAGUCAGAUCCAGAAUGCGGGAGAGACGGUCCGGGGUUGGGUCGUCGGCUGGGUAGUUCAGCCUCUCGAGGGGGUCGUACAGACGCUCAAGGGUGGUGGAGAAGGUCUCGGUGUGGCCCCAGACAGCGUCAAGAGCGAUCAGGCGUCUCUCGAGCGGAUGGUCCUCGACCUUGGCAAGGACUACUACCACCUCUCGGACCAGGGUCUAUCAGACCUGAGCGCGAAAGUCAAGGCUGGCAACAUGGAAGACGUCCUCAAGGUGUACGAGAGCGAGAUGAGAAGCCCCGUCAAGAACGCCGUUAUGGGUAAUCUGAUCCGGACGCUACUGAUCCAGGUUCAAAAGACCAAAUAUGACCUCUCGUUGUCUUUGCUCUCGCUGGAUCACCUACUCCGAUCACAACAACUUACGUUCGCGUUUGUCGGUCUGGCGCCAUCUCUGUUGAUCCUAUACGGGCUGGGCGGGUGGACGAAACGACUCUGGACAGGCGAACGACGCGGAUCAGGAAGAAGAAUGGAUUACUUGCGCGGGAUCCGCGACGUGGAAAAGCUGUUGAUCACGGCGCCCCGAGGGGAAAAGGAAAUGUCGGACAAGGAUCGAGGGUUACUCAUUCUCGCCGUCGGCAAUCUACGAAAAUGGGCGGCCGGUCUUCGGACCGGAGAUCGGGCGGCGUUCGUGGACGACCUGCGCCUACUCGAGGCUCCUUCGCUGGAGCGGGAAGGAAAGUUGAGAGUGAUCGACCGGAUAUGGAGGACGUCCGUACUGAACGGUCGCAAGCUGGGCAUGUAAAGGUGACGAGACAACAAGGGUAUAGCAUAUAUGAAGACGGGUAU